AUGGAAUUACGGCAAAUCCUCAAGGGAGUUGCUUUCCUCCUCACUACUGUCUUUGGCUUUACUGGUAAUGUUGUUGUUCUGAUGUCUCUGUCCAGCACCGCCCAUCAACAGAAUAAGAUGUUGCCAGCAGACAUAAUACUGACCUUACUGACAGGGUCAAAUAUAGUUCUUUUAAUAACCGUAGGGCUUCCAAACUCCCUUUUUAACUUGGGAAUUAAACUUUUCUACACUGACCUUGACUGCAAAAUUAACCUUUAUAUAGACCGAGUGUCUAGAGUUAUGACCAUAAGUUUAACCUGCCUGCUUAGUUGUCUUCAGUCUGUGACUCUUGCUUGUUCUAACCCAAAAUGGAUCCCACUAAAAUACAACAUGCAGAAAUACCUAAUACUGAUCAUUUGUUUUCUUGGUGUGCUGGGAGCGUCAUCCAGUGUUAAUGCUGUUCUUUAUUCAGUUGUUACCACUAACUUUACAGAUCAGAAACCUACAGCACAUCUUGGAUACUGUUUUGUAGUUUAUCCAGACUGGCUUAUAUUACAGAUCAUUGGCUUUUUCAUAUUUACAAGGGAUUUCAUAUUUGUAAUCCUUAUGGCCCUCGCCAGCUGCCAUAUUCUUUUCAUGUUAUACAAACAUGGAAAACAGAUGAAAGGGAAGAGGAGCUCAGACCGAAUCCGAGAAACCACAACAGAACAGCAAGUUGCCAAGAUGGUUGUUUCCUUUGUUACUCUUUAUGUGACUUUUUUUGGGCUGGAAAAUGGCAUUUGGUUCUAUCAGAUGUCAGAUAAGGGUGCACACCCAGAUCUAAGUAAUGUGCGCCAUUUCCUUUCUUUUUGUUUUCCUUCCUCAUUUCCUGCCGUAACAGUUAUCUUCAAUCAAAAAAUCAGAUUUAAACUGAAGUGCGGUUCUGUAGAUCAUGUAGCUCGCAGAUUAUGA